AGUGUGCGGUUAGGCUCUUCAGAGACACACGAGCGGGACAAAAUGGGAGUGGAAAUCGAGACCAUAACCCCCGGAGAUGGGAGGACUUUCCCCAAAAAAGGACAGACAUGUGUGGUGCAUUAUGUUGGCUCCCUGACAGAUGGACGGAAGUUUGACUCUUCCCGUGACCGUGACAAGCCAUUUAAGUUCAAGAUUGGUAAACAGGAAGUGAUUCGUGGCUGGGAAGAAGGUGUUGUGCAGAUGAGCGUUGGACAGCGUGCAAAGCUGACCUGUUCACCUGAUUUUGCCUAUGGUAAUAAAGGCCAUCCUGGGAUUAUUCCCCCAAAUGCAACCCUCAUCUUUGAUGUGGAGCUUCUCAGUUUGCAGUGAUCUACUAGUGCUUUUCUUCAUUUUUGAUUAUUUGAUAAAAGUUUCAAGUGCCAGAAGGUUUUGUGUUAACAUUGCAAACUUAAAUAAAUCAGGUUAAAUCUUU